AUGAUUGUCCAAACACUGCUGUGUGGCUUCAUUUUCUUUACUGCAGCUUUCGCUUCGAAUGUCGAAGACGAGUCGAAUGGUGAAGGUGUUGGAGAGACCACGACGAAGGUCUUCGAUCUCGAAGAUGCAUUGAAGAAGUUUGUUCAUAUUUUUCAAAAGGUGUACAACGUCCGAGUGAAGUGGACUGAUAUGAAUUCGAGUAGUACGGAAAUGAAAAACCUUUUCAAGACUAAAAGAUUUCAGGUAACAGUCGAAAGGGGCCCUAUAAAAAUUGGUGAGGCAACAACAAUCAGCAAAACCCGCACUCUCCUCUACGCAAAUCUCUAUGACAAUGAAGCGAAUGCAAGUCAAACGUAUACAGUCACGCAUUCUACCAGUCGCAAAGAAAAAUCGUCUUACACGGUGAAACUAGGAUUCAGCCUUGGCCUUGAGGUGUCGGGAGGUAUUUCAUUUAAAAAAAUAUUCGGGCUGAGUGGCAGCGUCGGACUUAAGUUCAACAGAGAAGCUGGCAACACAGACACUCAAACGAAACUCAAGACCUUUUCGGUCGGCACGAGUGUCACCGUUCCUCCAAAUAGGACCGUGCAAGUGAAGUGGUACGCCACCACCACUCAAAAAGAUUUUAUUUGGACCUGCGAUAUUACCAUCAGUGGAUACUUUGCUAUCGGGCUCGAAAAACCGUUGGAAAACACCUACCUGCUCAUCAUUCCAGCGUAUUACCUCGCCCUUGUGAACCACGAACUGAAAGUAGUAGGCCCCCGGCACGCGCGCUUCGAGGCUUCUGGUGUAUUCACAACAAUCACCGUGGAGGAAACUGAAAUCUACACAACAGACGUGACGGACACUUUAAAAGACAAAAUAACAACGAUUUCUGGAAGGUCUCGAAUUGUCGGAUAA